CUAGUGUCGUCCCAGCAACCCAACCGCGUCAAAGUGUUUCAAAACAUUAUGUGAAAUAAGAAAAACAUUAAUUUUAAAACUUUGCUAAGUUGUUGGAAUAAUAUUCAAUAAUGUCUGGUUCCAGUGUUGUUCCACACACACCCAGAAAGAAAACAGAGGCAUUGCCAUCCAUAGAUGCCACAAAUGAAAUACAGGAUCCACUUGAUUAUUCAUUUUGUCGUCUAAAUAAAGUAGAGGAUGCACUAGAUGAGGAGCCCAGAUCAUCUCCAAGAAAGAAUCAAGGCCUAAACGAGGAUGGCAAAUCUACAAGUCGAUGUCUCCGUUUAAACAAUAACAGCCUUCAGACAAUAGAACGACUUGGUGAAGUCAUCAAUGCCAAAUUUGAAAAUCCCAAGAAUAUUGCUUGGAUCGAUUUGUCUUUCAAUGAACUCACAACUGUUGAUCCGGUUCUGUUAGAGUUUACCGAGCUUCAGAUCUUAUAUCUCCAUGGCAAUCAAAUAGCUGACAUUAAAGAAGUGGCCAAGCUUUCUGCUCUGAAGAAUUUACGAAAGCUGACAACCCAUGGCAACCCAUUGGAGAAAGCAAAGGGUUACAAGUACCAGAUUCUGGCAAUGAUUCCACAACUUCAGGCCAUAGAUUUCAGUCGGGUAACAAAGUGUGAUCGAAAAACAUCCGAGGUCUGGAACAAUCUUCACAGUGCUCCAAAGAAAAAGAAAGAAAAAAUAGAGGAUGACUGAGAAUGUUACAAGGGAUGCUCAUUUUAUUGUUUUAUAUAUUGUUAAAGUAUAUUUCACAUGCAUUGUAAUUUAUUUACUUAUUGGAAAAGUACAGAUUCACCUAAUAAUUAUUAAGAGUUUACAUUACAAAGUAAUGUAAAUGUUAAAAACUUUGCAUUUAUAUUUUAGUCAAACAAAAUGAGAGUUAUUUUUAGUAUUUAAUUUGAUAAAAGUUCACUGUUGCCAUGUUUAUU